GGCGGCGUGAGGGAGCGCGAGGGGGUGUGCGCGCGUGCGCGUGCGCGUGCGCGCCCGGCCGAGGGUGACGGGGUCCCCGCCGGCCCGAGCAUCGCGCGCCGCAGCCGCGGCCCCGCAGCUCCGCCCCCGGCCCGGCCCGGCCCCGGGCCCGCUCGCUCGCCGCCCCGCAUGGAGCUGUCAGCCAUCGGCGAGCAGGUGUUCGCGGUGGAGAGCAUCCGGAAGAAGCGCGUGCGGAAGGGUAAAGUGGAAUAUCUGGUGAAGUGGAAAGGAUGGCCCCCAAAGUACAGCACAUGGGAGCCAGAAGAGCACAUCCUGGACCCCCGCCUGGUCAUGGCCUAUGAAGAGAAGGAGGAGAGAGACCGAGCGUCGGGGUAUAGGAAGAGAGGCCCGAAACCCAAGCGGCUUCUGCUGCAGCAGCUGUACAGCAUGGACCUGCGGAGCUCCCACAAGGCCAAGGGCAAGGAGAAGCUCUGCUUCUCCCUGACGCGCCCACUCGGCAGCGGGAGCCCCGAGGGGGUGGUCAAGGCGGGGGCACCUGAGCUGGUGGACAAGGGCCCCUUGGUGCCCACCCUGCCCUUCCCGGUCCGCAAGCCGCGCAAGGCCCACAAGUACCUGCGGCUCUCACGCAAGAAGUUCCCGCCCCGCGGGCCCAACCUGGAAAGUCACAGCCAUCGACGGGAGCUCUUCCUGCAGGAGUCACCGGCCCCAGAUGUCCUCCAGGCAGCCGUCGAGUGGGAGCCUGCUGAGCAGCCCCCCGAAGAGGAGGCAGAUGCAGACCUGGCCGAGGGGCCCCCUCCCUGGACACCUGCGCUCCCUCCACGUGAAGUGACAGUGACCGAUAUCACCGCCAACUCCAUCACCGUUACGUUCCGCGAGGCCCAGGCUGCAGAGGGCUUCUUCCGAGACCGCAGCGGGAAGUUCUGAAUCACCGUUUUAUUUUUACUCUUAAACUGUUUUCUUUUGGGCUUGGGGUGGGGACUUCCAGAAAUGGGGAAAGGGAGUGGGGUGGGGCCAUUAUUUUAAAAAAUACAGGGCAGAAGAAGCAGGGGAGAUCCCAACCCUCCCCUACUCUGCCCCUUUCUCUGUGAGUGAUGUUUACAGAGAGGCCUCGGGGCCAGGCAUAGGGAGACCUGGCAUUGUUUUGCCAGUUAGGGUGCCACUCGCCCUCCCUUUGGAUACCUCCAUCACCCUUCUUCCCUCAAGAUGCAGAACUCUGGAGAAGGAGGAUCCGGAUUCUCCCUUAAGCAGCCUAGUCCAGCCUUCCUGGAUUUGCCUUUUCCUUGGGGAAGGUAGUAGGGGUCCUUAUUUUUAACUUUCCACUCCAGCUUUGCAGUGGGGUGUGGAGACUGACAGGGUCUGAGAAAAGAGGCAGGAGGAAGGGCUGGAGAUUGCUGGGGCCUGUCUGGUGCCCUCUAGGGAGUGUCUGUCUUCCUAGAGUGUUGCCAAGUGAACCCCUUCUGCCAAGCACUCCCCCUCACCUGGCCUGUGAAAUGCCUCAUGUAUACUCUGCCCCCAUGCCACUCAACCCAUUACUGCACACACAUCCUCAGUGGAGUCCAGUGGGUGACUGGCCUAACCUGGUGGAUGUAGGGUGACUCAACUCUAAAGGACUUGUGUGUUCCCUAUAGCCACCCUCCCCUGCACGCCCGCGAUACCACAGGAUCUGUCCAGCUCAGUUCAGUGUCAGGUUUCCCUGGGGUGGGGGGCAGCAUGGGCUGUGUGCUUGGCACAUGGGCAUAGUUUUGUGGCCUCCCUUGCCAGCCCAGGUUUGCCAGCAAGUACAUGUGUGAGAGCCCCUGCCUGGCCUUCUUCCCUGAGAGGCUCUUGUUCUCUUGACUCAGGUGACUUUUCAGCCCUCCCAUGUCCCCUUUUUUCUGCCUGCCUCCUCAGCCCACCCCAAAUGCUGGUGGGAGGGAGGGAGGGAGCUUCUCAGCACCUCAGGGCAGCCCUUGACUGCUGGAACCCUUUUCCCAGCCAGUGUCCCCUCCCUGACCUCCCCAAACCUGUGGCUGUGGCUGUAACUGACCUUAUUUUACUGGGGUCACCUCUGCCAUGUCUUCCUACGACCAGGCUGCAUUGCACAGUAGGUCCGGCUGUGCACAAGCUCACGCCCUGGCACAGGACUCCUUUUCUAGUUUGCACAACCUGCCCUGUGGAUUCCUAGCUUCCCUGGUGGGGACGAGUGACUUCUCCCCUAUCCCAGCCUUCGAAGGGAGGGGAAACAGAUUGGGGGGACACCAUGGGAGCACAUUCAAGCCUGCACCCCCCCCUUCCAUUUAUCAGAGUAGGGCACAGGCUAUGGGGAAGUGUCUCUACUCUGCUUUGCCCCAGGAAGGGGACAGAAUCCCUGCUGCAAUGGAGAGGGACAGUCUUCCCCUCAACCCCUUCCUCCUGAGUUCCCAAACCAAAGACAGCCUGUACCCCAUUUCUGUGGGGUACUCUGCUGGCAAGAUUCUUGUAUCCCCAGGUCUCCUGUUAGUCCUUAGUUGUCCAGGUCAAUUUAGUGCUUCCAUUAGGGGGCGGUUCCCGCAGGGGAGGGGACUCUAGGGGAGGAAGAGCAGCUUGGACCUGGGGACUCUUCUUGGAAGAGGGUGUGGGUGGGAGGAGGGCUCACUAAUUAGAUGCCUUUGGCCUGUGGCUUUAGGAUGUGACUGGUCAUCUUCAGUGGGAGUCACACUCUCUCUCCCUCAUAGGACACAGGGCCUCAGUGCAAUUUCAGAUUUAGGGGGUUGAGGGUCUUGGGGUGGGGGAUGAGGCUGCUGCAUUUCUGUCUGUGGGAGCAGGGCAUGGUUUGCCUCUUAGCCCUUUAUGGCCCUUUGGGCAGGCUCUCUGCUUCUCUGGAAGGGGCAGCCCCGGGGGCUGGGGGGACAGGCUCAGGAGUUACAGUGACCCAGCUCCCUGGGGGAAGGGCUACGGGUUGCAAGACCUCUCCCUGCCCAAGACACUUCCACGAGCAGUUGGGUGUGACAUGCUGACCUCUUUCCAGUGGGCUGGUGUGGCUGGGGUGCAAAGCAGGCAAGAACCCCCCCUCCCAUCCCCCUGCAGGCCAGUACUUUCUGGGGUGGGGGUGGUCUUAGAGUUGCCCCCCACCCUCCACCCCACCUUUCCUUCCUCUAACCCCGCCUGUAGACCCAACGGUACUUCCCUUCAGUGAUGGGAGAGGGCCAGGAGAAUACUCUUCCCCUGCCUGGGGCCCAGAUGACACUGCCCACAGGACAGGGACCCAACCCCAUUGCCAACUUUCUCCUCUCCAGCUCUGGAGAAGGCGCUAUGCUUCUGUUUAGGUGGUUUAGCUUUUGCUUUGUAGUCGGCCGGCCUGGCUUCCAGGGCUUAGCACAAGAAUGCUUCCUUUGCACAGAAUGAGCGUCGAGCUUUGUUCAGACUAAAUGAAUGUAUUGGGAGGGUGAGGGUGAGGGUGAGGGUGAGGUGAUCCAAACACAUGCCUUUUCUGAGUGAGUGCGCUGGGAGAGCUGGAGUGAUGCAGAGUGCAGUUUUAUUUUUGUACUGAUACUGGUAAGAGACUGUAUAGCAUCUAUUUAUUUAGAUGAUUUGUCUGGUAAAUGAGGCAAAAAUUAUUAAAAAUACAUUAAAGAUGAUUUUAAACAAAA